CGAUAACUUGCUGAUCGAUGAUACAAUCUAGUAUUGCGCAGUAUUGUAGAAAAUGAGUGUAUUAAAGACACAGCUUGAGAAAAGGUAAGCCUUUGACGGUACUUGAGGUUCGAACAUGAUUGAGACGUGAGUUCAUGCAGUUAAACAAAUCUCAACCAAGUGGCUGUACUGUUAGCUUACCAGAUGACAAUAUACACGUAUGGGAGGUACUCAUUCCUGGCCCUCCCGAAUCUCUGUAUAGAGGGGGCGAAUUCAGACUAAGAAUUACAAUUCCUGACAAUUAUCCAAUGAAAGCUCCAUAUGUUCACUUUGUAACGCCGAUCUACCAUCUGAAUGUCAGCGAAAAAUGCGGCCAGGUCUGCCUGUCGUUCCUCUCUGAUGACAAUUGGGCUGUCACCUCCACAAUGGAGCAGAUCAUCCAGACUAUCGUCUCCCUUCUGAUCAAACCAGACACUACAAGUUCAUUUGAUCACGAUAGGCUUAAUAAGUUCGAGCACUAUAAAUGGGACUAUGAGAAACUUGCUAUAGCGAGUGCGGUAAAGGCAAACAAAAAGUGAAAAGCGUUAUUUGUUGAUGCAUAAUUUAUAAUGCAGGAGUUGUUGUUUGAGGUUUCUAGGGAAUAAUUAUUGAUACAACGAACCAUGUACGUAAUCUAACUGUAACGUUACUAGGCUUAUGUUAUCACACCGGAAUAGCCUGACA